GUGAGGCAGCUCGGAACCCCAGAGAGAACUGUCUGGCUUCGCUAAGCAACGGGCACGAGUAUCUCCAACAGGCUCUUGGCAUUAAGAAACCCAAACACCUGCACUCCUCAUCCAAUGACUACAGAGAGAAGGAGGACAUGUACGAUGAGAUCAUCCACCUCAAGAAGAGUCUUCAGGCCCAGAAGUCCGAGAAGGACAGGAUGAAGGCCAAACUACGGCGUCUGGAGGAGGACAAAACUAAGAAAGACAAGCAAAUAGAACAGCUGUUGGAUCCCACCAAGGGACCGGAGUACACACUGAGUCUGGUGGACAAGAAACACCAGGGGAGCCUGGUUGUUAAUGGACUGAAACAGAGAAUCCUGAAGCUGGAACAGCAGUGUAGAGAGAAGGAGAACACUGUGACCAAACUGCAGAGUGAGCUGCAGACCACUAAUCUGGAGGAGUUGAAGAUCACAGUGGAGACCUACUUUGAGGAGAUUCAGAGACUGAGGAUGAUAUUGGAUGCAACAGAGAAAAGCAGUAGAACAGAGAGUAAAGGUUCUCAGAGGAAGCAGAAGGUUCUAAGCUCUACGGUUCUGCGUCUAUCAGAGAACCUUAAACAGCUACAGCAGGAGAACCACACACUGAGAGAGGAACUCAACACAGACAGCCCAGCCAGUGGGCUGAAAGCCUACAAAGAUUGGAGCAGACAGAGAGUGUUGAGGAGACUGGUGGAGCUGGAGAGGAGGUUAGAGGAGGGGAGCAGAGCCCCGGCCAGGAGGAGUGGGGUGGACAGACUGGUCCAGACGGACCACCACACCACACCCACGGAGACAGGGGUUGCUACGCCGCCGGGGAUAACCACCGUAACAACGGAAGGGGGCGUUGCAGUGUUAAACACCCAACAGGAAGGGGAGGGGUUUAUCCGUCUGAAGGGGUGUGUCAGACAACUGGAGCAGGAGAAGGCGGAGCUACAGGAGACGCUGACCGAUAGAGAACAGAAGCUGAGACGACUGAUGGCUGAAAGAGAGCAGGAAGAGAAAGAGACGGAGAGGAGGAAGAAUGAACGAAGGAGUGAACAUGAGAAGGAAACACGACUCCACCUACUGGAGGUAGAACAGCUGACCGUGAAGAUAGAGUCUCUGGAGGAGGAGAAGAAGAGAUGGACUGAAGAAGAACAGAACCGGGAGAACCGGAAGGAGAACCCAGAAGGGAGGGAGGAGAAGGAAAGAGAGGAGAGGGAAGAACAGAACCAGGAGAAGGAAAGGGCAGCUAGGGUGAUCCAGAAAGAGUGGCUGGAGCACAGAGACAGGGACACAGUGUUGGUCCAGUCAGCAAUAAGAGGACAUCUCGUCAGACAGAGCCAGAUAGCUCACCUCCGAGACACACACACCAGCACUCUCAGCAAGAAUGGCCAAUCACAGCGCGGCAGUGAUGUUACCUCCCGUGUGGAGGAUGGGGAGCUGGUUGCCGUGACGCUGAUCCAGUCUGUGUUCCGAGGUCACCUGACACGCAGCGCACUAAUGACGGAGAGCUCUGAGUCUCCAGCCUCUCCUCCCUGUGGACCCACACCAGCUCCUAGAAGAGUCCCCUCUGCCCCUUCAACACACACUCCCAGCAACACAGCCCUUCCAGGCAGUGAUGUAGAUGAAGAUGUAAUGGAGCUGAGUGAGGAAGAUCCCUGGCCUGUCUCUAACACACUGUCCAACAGGAGCAGACUCACACCAGCCCAACUACAGCUCCACCCACCUCCAGAUUCCAAGGUUGCUAAGGCGAUGGACUCUGAGGAUUCCGACGAUGACAUCAUCGUGUCUCCGUCUCGUCUCGUGGGAAGGAGAGAAGAAAUCUACUUCUAGACCAGAGCAUUGCACUAUGGGAUAUGAAGUGUGUGUGUGUAGCUGGGUAUGCAGGCUUUUACUCCAGCCCUACACCAGAUUCAAUCAAGGUCCAGAGGACAUGCUGAUAAGUAGAACCAAGUGUGUUUUGGUAGUGCAGGGCUGGAACGAAGUCCUGCACAUGCAGUAGCUCUCCGGGAGGGGAGUGGUUGUUGGUGUCAGGGCUGUAAUGAUAAUGAUGAUAAUGAUAAUGAUGAUAAUCCUGAACAUAUCCAGGAGGGUUUCUUGGCCAGCUCUCUGCCCAAUAAAUCUCCGUUCUGAUACAGAUGGUUUUUUAGGUUGCCAAAGUGCCUGAGUAUAUAGAUUAUUAAUGGUCAUAAACAAAGUUAUCAAUCAUGGAGUUUAUUGGAGAAUGAGCUACUUUUAAAACAUGUCUAUCAAUAUAAACACUGCUGAUUCAAACUGUGAAAUUAUGAGCAUAUUCUACUGCAAUAUGACGCUCAGAGGAGAGUGUGUGCGCGCGCGUGAUCGUGCCUUGAGUUGUGUUUAUUAUAAUAGCUGUAAUCCAUGAAAAUAAUGUUUUAUCUGAUUAAAUGAGUAUCUUUCCUUGUAUGGUAAAACACUUCA